AAAUCCGUGCGAGCUUUUCGCGGCUGUCGAUUCAUUUUGUUGAACUGCCCUUGACACACCGCUAAACAGUUGCGAGGCGUUCUAGACAUCGUUAAUCAUAAAGAUAGUGGCCACAUAGCUCGGUCCAACGUGGACUUGGCCCUCGCGCGGCGAGAAAUGCGCAGUCGGUUCGCGGAGUAGGAGGACUGCUCAGUCCUCCUACUCCAGCAACAAUCGCCAGAAUGAAGGAAGACGAGAACCUGGACACUCAGGCGGCUGGCUUGAGGGAGGUGUUGGGCGCGGCUAUCGCGCUGGCCCCAGGGGCGCCCAGCGCCCGUGGCAAGCGGAGCCUCCGUUCCCUGGCCGGCGACCUGGCCGCCGUCGCGGGUGGCGCCGGCACUGCCUCAGGCGCCGGCGCUGCUUCCGCUGUGGACUGUGACUGCGACGGCGGGGGUGGCGGCGGCGGCGGCGGUGCCGGCGUAGGUGGCGUGGGGGAUGAGGCGGCCUUGCAACUGAACAUGGGCGCCGCCGCCUCGCUCUCGGGCGCGCGGGGCUCGGGCCCUGGUCCGCCGAAUGCGCCAUCAAUGCACGGCAGCGGCAGCAGCAGCCAGCUAGGUCCAGGGCGGCGGCAGCUGCCAGCCAGGUCUUGGGCGGCGCCGCCCCCCACCACUACCUACUACGCUGCCGCUUCCAGCUCGCAGGUCGCUACUGCCUCGCAGGCGGCGGCGGCCGACGUGUCAGCUGCAGCUGCUGGUGAGGAGGCGGGGGCAGCCGGCCCAGGCUCACAGGAGCCCGCCGUCAGCGCCCCCUCGCAAAUAGCAGCGGCAGCAGGAGCCUCCUCCAUGGCUGCUACCACCGCCACCACCACCACCAGCAUGCCACCGCCGCGGCUGCCUGGGGCGGCGGCUCCGCAGCUGCGGCGCUUGCCACCGCUCCGGUCGCUGUCCACGGCCGCCACCACAACACGAACGCCCAGCGGCAGUGCCAGUACGCCGGUAGCGGCAACAGCGCCGGCGGCCGCAUUGACUGCGGCAGCGGCUGGCGUGCCGGCAGCAUCGAUGGGCGGGGCCGGGGCCAGCGACAUCUCGCGUCCGCCGGACGCAUCACACGUGCCAGUACGGCGGGCAGCCGCGGCAGCGACGGCCGCGGCACCUGCACAGGCAGCAGCGGUGGACGCGGCGGCGGCGCCGGCACCCCUGAAUGCCGCAGCACCCGCUGCACCGGCAGCAGCGACGGCAGCCGCACCGAAGUUGCUGCUGCGCAGCCUGAUUGCGUCAGCCGGCGACUCCGACACAAGCGGCAGUGACGGCGACGGCGAAGGAUUGGGCGACGGCGGCAGCGACGGCGGCGGUGGUGGGCGCGGUGCAACCGGCAGUGGGUCACAGUGGCAGCAGCAGCCGGCGGUGGCUGGGGUGCCAAAGGCGGCAGUGGCAGCACUGGCACCAGCAUCACAGUCGACUGUGGCGACGGUAAAAGCCGGGGUGCACGGGUCCCGGCCCCUGCACCUGCCGCUGAGGGCCCAGCAGCCAACGGCGGCCACGUCAGCACAUGGGUCACAGCUGCCAGCCGCGGUGGCGGCAGCAAAGCCGCACGGCCGCGGCCGCGGUCGGUCCAUUGUAGCGGCGGCGGCGGCGGCGGCCGUGCCGGCGGCAAAGCCGGCGGCGGUGCCGCCGCCGGUGGGCUCGUGGCGGGACCUGGUGUCGAAAGGCGGGAGCUCGGUUGGGAGCGUCAAGGCAGAGCCAGCUGGCGUGGGCAGCGGUGGCGGCGGCGGCGGGGUGGGAGAGGGCGGGCCCUCCAGUCCAGGCGGUGCUGCUCCCGCCGGUUGCACAGGCUCCCAACGCACCACGGCUGGCGCCGCCGCCGCUGCCAACCUGACAAGCAUGUUUGCGUCCUCCUCCUCCUCCUCCGAAGACGAAGGCGGCGGCGUCGGCGGCGUCGGCGGCCGUCGUCGACGGCCAGCUCUGCCGCCCAGCACACACACAGCAGCAGCGGCAGCUAGUGGGGGUGGUGCAGGUGCUCCGCACCUGUCCCGUGCACCCAGUGCUCCGCCCCCGGCUGCAGCGGUGACGACGCCGCAUCGACGAAUGCGGCCGCCGCCACCACAGCAGCAGCAGCAGCAGCAGCAGCAGCAGCAGCAGCAGCAGGAGGCGGCGGCGGCGGCGAGUGGGGAAGGCGCCGAGGAGGAGCAGCAGCGGGGCACGCCGUCGCAGAGGCCGCCGGGUGCCGCUGGCGGCGCCGGAGGUGGAGGAGGCGCUGGGGGAGGUGGAGGAGCUGCGGUGAUCGGCAGCUGGGCGUCUGUGCUUAACAGGCCAUUACCGCCCCGGCCAGCGCUGGAGCAGCGGCGGGCGGCGGCCGCGGCCGCGGCGGAGGAGGUCCGCGCGGCCGCCGCCGCCGCCGCCACGGAGGCCUUUGAGGCGGCGGAGGCCGAGGCGGAGGCGGAGGCGGUGGCGGAGGCGGCGGCGGGCCGGCCGCUGCUGCUGGUGUGCGGCCCCGGGGCGGUGCCGGGGGCGGCGCCCGCGGGGCCGGCCAGCUCGAGACUCCUGCAUGUGGAGGUUCCCGCCACCGCCGCCCGCCACCUGCGCAGCUACCAGAUGGCCGGCGUGUGUUUCCUGAUGCGGCAGUACGGCGGCGGCAUGGGCGGCCUGCUGGCAGACGACAUGGGGCUGGGCAAGACCAUUCAGGCCGUGUCCUUCCUGGCGGCAGUGCUGGGCCCGCGACCACCAACACCUACACCAACACCACCCGGUGGCGGCGGCGGCGGCGCGCACCCCGGCAGCCAGCCGCCGCCGCCGCCGGCCAAGCGCCCGCCUCAGCCUCAGCCUCCGCCUCAGGCUCCGCCCGGGCGGUCGCGGGUGGCGCUGGUGGUGUGCCCCGCCUCGGUCAUCGCCAACUGGUGCAAGGAGUUCGCGCUGUGGAGCGACCUCAAGGUGGUGCCGUACAACAACGCCGCCAACCGCCGCCGCGCGCUGCUGGACGCCCGGGCCGGCCGCAUCUCAGCCGUGGUGGUGGGCUAUGAGAUGUUCCGCGCCCACUGCCACCUGCUGGUGGACCCCCGGCUGGCGGCGGAGGCGGCGGAGCGGCAGCAGCAGCAGCAGGGGCGGCGGAGGAGGAAGAAGAGGGAGAAGAGGGAGAAGAGGGAGAAGAGGGGGAGGAAGCAGGAGGAUGACGACGAGGGGGAAGAGGAGGAGGAGGAGCAGGAGGCCGAAGAGGAGGAGGAGCUACAGGGGUAUCUGGACGGCGACCUCAUUGACACGGACGAGGAAGAGGGGGAAGACGAGGGCGAGGAGGAGCAGGGAGGGCAGGAGGCGGAGGGGCGCGGAGCAAACCCCGCCGCCGCCGCCGCCGCCGCGGCAGCUGCUGGCGGCGGCGGCCUGGCCGGCAUCCUUGCCAGUGUGAUGGGCGGAGACGCGGCGGCGGCGGCGCUGGCGGCUGGCGGCGGCGGCGGCGGCGCCCACCUGGAUCCGGAGGCGGCGGCGGUGGCGGCGGCGGCGGCGACCGGCUUCUUCGACUGGCACGUGGUGGUGGUGGACGAGGUUCACAGACUCAAGAACUACAAGAGCGAGAGCUACCGGAUAGCCCAGCGGCUGCGGACGCCACUGCGGUACGGCCUCAGCGGCACGCUCAUGCCCAACGACUACUCCGAGUUGUGGGCGCUCAUGCACUGGGUGCUGCCCGGCAGCGCGGGCAGUCGCAAGCUGUUCCUGCGGCGUGUGGCUGCGCCCAUCCGCAAGGGCCAGCAGGCGGGCGCGUCCGAGGAGGCACAGGCGGAGGCCGACCUGCGGCUGGGCCAGCUGCACUUGCUGCUGCCGCGGCUGCUGCUGCGCCGCACCAAGGCGCUCAUCGCGGACCAGCUGCCCAAGAAGACGGACAACAUCGUGUAUUGCGACCUCACGCCGCUGCAGGUCCGCGCCUACCACCGCGUGUUGGCGGCGCCGGACGUGCAACGACUGGUCACCAUCAAGGAGGACGCCCGGUGCCACUGCGGUGCCGAGGCGGAGUCGGCCCGCAAGUGCGACACCUGCUACCCACAGCUGGUGGAGUCGAUGCGGGACGGUGUGUUGUGGGCGCAGCUGCACACCUGCACCUGCGGCAACCCCUACGACCCGCAACUCAGGCCGGACGGCUGCAAGCGCCACAAGCCCGACGGCUGCUGCCCCAACGGCCGACUGCGCUGCCCCGUGUGUGUGGCCAUGCCCACCCUCACCAUCCUGCGCAAGAUCUGCCAGCACCUCAGCCUGUUCGUGCCGCACCCCGCCUUCGCCGCCCAAGACCCCCUGCAGGCCCAGCGGGACAGGGAGGUAUCAGCGAUGGUGUUGGGCGAGGACUGGGCGGCGGUGGCGGGGGGCGCCACACACAGUAGCGCCGGCCCCUGCGGCCGCUGGCUGGCUCAGUCCAGUGUGGCGCUGUCGGGCAAGAUGGCGGUGCUGCACCUGCUGCUGAGGGCGUGGCGGGCCAACAGGAACGACAAGGUGUUGGUGUUCUCCGGCUCCACCCACCUGCUGGAUAUGGUGGCCGCCUACCUGCAGCGGGAGGGCUACGACCACUCCCGGCUGGACGGCUCCACCCCCGUGUCCGAGCGGCAGGGGCUGGUGGACGCCUUCAACGAGCGCGGCAGCGCAUUCGUGUUCCUGAUCUCCACGCUGGCUGGCGGCGUGGGCCUCAACCUCACCUCCGCCAACCGGGUGGUGGUGUUCGACCCCGCGUACAACCCCGCACACGACCUGCAGGCCCAGGACCGCGCCUACCGACUGGGCCAGCGGCGGGACGUGCACGUGUACCGCCUGGUGGCAGCGGGCACUCUGGAGGAGGUGGUGUACCGGCGGCAGCUGUACAAGCAGCAGCAGUCCAACGUGGCGGUGUCGGGGCGGGCCGAGGCAAGGUACUUCAGGGGCGUGCAGGGUCUCAAGGGCGCGGAGGGCGAGCUGUGGGGGCUGGGCAACCUGCUCACUGCGCCGCCGCUGCAGCCACCGCCGCGGCCCGCAGCCGUCACGCCCGUGCCCAAGAAGCCGCCGCCGCCGCGGCCACCCGGGCCGGCCGCCCACAGCACCGCCGCAGGGGCCACAGGCGCAGGGGCCGGGGCCGGUGGUAGCAGCAGCCAGGACCCGGCCACAGCAGCUGGCGCCGCCGUUGGUGUGCAGGCGCAGGGCCCAGGGCCGGGGCCGGGCUCUGAACCAGCCACACCGCCGCGUGGCCCCCAGCAGCAGCAGCAGCAGCAGCAGCAGGAGGAGGAGGAGGAGGAGGAGGAGGGCGAGGGUGGCUGGGGUGGCGGCGGCGGCGGGCCCACCUCCAUCCACAGCCUGCGCAUAGAGCAGAUCCCGCCGGAGGUGCUGGAGGGGCUCCGGCGGGAGGCGGAGGCGCAGGCGGCAGCAGCAGCCGCGGCACGUGGCGGCGGCGCAGGCGGCGGCGGCCGAGGGUCCCGCGGCGGCGGCAGGCAGCGCGGCGGCGGCGGCGGCAGCGGCGCUGCGAUGGGUCUGGGGUCGCUUCUGGGUCUGGAUGAAGACGACGGUGACGACCUCGGGGGUGGGGAGGAUGGCGCCGGCGGCGCCGGCGAGGAUGUGUCGGGACUUGCGGCACUGGCGAAAGAGCUCCUGGCAGAAGAGGUAGAGGAGGAAGAGCAGGAGGAGCAGGGGCCGCAGCAGCAGCAGCAGCAGCAGCAGAAGCAGCCGGCAAACGGGCCAUCAACGGACCUGGCGAGGGCAGCGGCCUUGGGCGGCGCAGUUGCGGAGGGCACGGCCACAGCCGCUGCCACCACCACCACCGCCGCUGCCACUGCCGUCACAGCUACUGCUGCCACUGCUGCUGCCACUGCUGCUGCCACUGGCGCCGUUCCCUGCAACCGCAGCGGCAGCGGGGACUGCGAUCAGCACCACCACCACCAGCACCACCACCACCACCAGGCCGAGGCGCAGGCCGAGAUGCAGCCGCAGGUGGCGCCGGGGGCGGAGGUGCGAGCAGCAGAGGUAAAGGCGGAGGCGGAGACGCAUCCUCAGACGCAGCCUCACACGCAGACGCAGACGACGCAGGCGGAGGCGGGGGCGGAGGUGGAGGUGGAGUCGGGCAGUCAUGUGGAGCUGCUGGGGCUGCGGAACGAGGGCCUGCUGAGGAACAUUGUGCCGCACGACCAGCUGCUCAGCCGCGGCGCCGUCACCCUGGCGCUGCCGGGCCCCUACGGCGACCUGGGGCUGCUGCUGGGGGGGCCGCCGCAGCAGGAGGAGCUUGGGGAGGAGGAGGAAGUGGAGGCGGAGGAGGAGGAGGAGCUUGGGGAAGCGGUGGAGGCGGAGGCGGGUGCAGCUGGUGGAAUGCAGGAAAGGGCGCAGGUGCAGCAGCGGGACGGACCGGGCGAGGCGGAGGUGUCAACGCAGCCCGCGCCCGCGUCCGCAUCCCAAGCGGCAGGGGGCGGCGGCAACUCCACUGGUGCAGUGAUCGCAGCACCCGCCGCCGCGCCCGCCACUGCCGCGGCACCAGCCGCCAACCUCACUGCUGGCUCCCAACCGCCGCCGUCACAGCCGCCGCCACAGCCGCCGUCGCAGCAGCCGCCAUCACAGCAGCAGCCCCGCAAGCCGCCCGCUGCGCCGCCGCCGCCGCGGCCGCCUCGUGCUACAGCCGCCCCCGCCCCCGACCCCGCUACAGCCGCCACCUAUGAGGUGUGCGGCGUGCCUCAGGGGGUGGUGCCUGACGCCGCCGGCUGCUGCGUGUACAUCGACACGCGCGUGCUGGGGCGGCUGCCGGAGCUGGCGGCGGCGGCAGCGGCGGCGGCGGACGUGGAUGAGGAUGAGGAUGACGUGGGCAUGGAUGGCGGCGGUGGGCCGGUGCGGCCGCCGUGGAUGGAAGGCGGGGAGGAGAUGGAUGGUUUGGUCGGCGGCGGAGGAGGAGGUAGUGGAAGUGGAGGGAGAGGCGGCGGAGGAGGAGGAGGAGGUGUUGGGUUGGCAGGGCUGCAGGCGCAGAUCGGGUUGGCACCGCCGCCGCUGGUCCCGCCGCCGCCGCCACCGCUGUCGCCGCCUGGCUCACCGGGGCAGUCCGAGCCCGCCGCCGCGCGUCGCAGUAAGCGGCAGGCGGCGGCACGGGCGGCGGCGGCAGCAAAGGCGGCUAGGAGACUGAAGACGAUGCGGUCUGGCGGCGGUGGCGGCGCCGCAGGCGGCUCAUGGGAAGCCGAAGAGACCGUUAUUGACCUGGCGGCGGCGGAUGACGAGGAGGAGGUCGUCGGCGUGAGCGACGACUCCGCAGAAGGCAAUGGAGACAAAGGGCCUCCGCCGAUGGCGCAGACGAAAGGCCGGCUGUACGACGCACACGACUUUGCGGCGGAGCUGGAUCCAGACAAUCCGGGAUCCAGCGGAUCCGACGGAUAUGGAGAGGGCGAAGGCCUGUUCAGGCAACGCAAGCGCCGCCGGCAGGGCGACAGCCCUCAGCCGCUGCCACGGCAGCAGCAGGAGCAGGAGCCAGAGAGUCAGAGGCGGCGGAGGCGUAGCAGCUCGGACGGUGCGGGUGAGGGUGCGGUUGCGGAGGCUGAUGUGCUCGGUCGCAGUCCGCGGCUACGGUCCGCACUUCGGCACACAGGCGUCGAGGCCGCUGCAGCGCGGGAGGACGAGGAGGUCGACGAGGAAGGGGAGCUGCCGGGGGCGGAGGGGCGCGCUCACAAGCGGCCGCGGCGCCGCGUAUCCUUCGCCUCUGACGUCGGCAUUGACAGCGACGAAGCAGCGGCGGCAGAGGCUGCCAGGGUGUCGGGCGCGGGGGCGCAGCCGGCAGUCCGUGACGACGGGAGUAAUGCGGGCACGGCGGCGGCGGCGGCGGCAGUGGCGACUGGCGGCAGCGCGGCGGCGGGCGCACGGGCUGCUGCCGGAGGCGCGGCGGCGGGCGGGCGCCGCGGUCCGCCUCAGCGUCAGCCGGCGGCUGGACGGCAGGAGGCGGCGGCGGCGGGACCGGCGGCGGCGGAGCGGCGGGCGGCGGAGCGGGCGGCGCUACACGCGCUGGCGGCGGCACGGGGUAUGGUGGCGAGGGAGUUGGCGGCUCAGUGGCUGCGGGGGGCGCCGGGGUCGGCGGCGCGGGCUGAGCUGCUGGAGCAGCUGAACGUGCUGCUGCAGCUGCAACAGGCGGACAAGGCGGCGGAGGGGCAGUAGCCGGCUGCAGGUUUGAGUGACUGGGGUUAUGAAAUCCAGGGCGCGAAGCCAGCAGGUUACAGGCUACAAGCCGUGCAGGAGUUGAGGCGCUAAUGCACUGGGGGAUGGCGGUGGCGGCGGCAGGGCAGCUGAAGGGGAGGAGGAGGCGGCGGGUGGGCAGCUGAGGAGCGCAUGUGGAUGGGCACGGGCAGGGGCUGUGGGUGCAGACGCGGUUGUCAUGUGAGAAUAAACGCUUAAGUCGGAAUGCGGCCGCAAAGCGGCGGUGCAGCGCCGGCGCCAGUUUGCAGCGUAUGUUGGAUAGGACUGACUCAAUGAGUAUUGUGCACUUGAUACUGUACACACUUGGAUUCGUUCCACCUGAACAGACCAACACAUGAGGUGUUAGCAAAGCAUGUGUGCAACUGAGACUUGGAUGUUGAGGCUGCAUGCGUUGACGCUGCCAGUUUGAUUGGGCGCAGGUCCCAACCACUUGCGCGUGUGCGCGGUGAUGGUGUGGGCUAAGCAGGGCAGGGCGCUGGUGGGUUCGAGGGCAUGUGGUUGCAUGCACGGCGGUUGGGUUGUCCUGCACAUCGGUGGCCGCUGCUGGGGACAUGCCACUGUGGCACGCACCUCGCUUGCGCCGCGUCCUUCUGCAUCCGUAUGUUUGCCCGGCGGCGGCACCAGUAGCAAGCUGCAGCCGUCAGCCUACUGCUGCAGGCGUCAGCCUACUGCUGCAGCCGUCAGCCUGCUGCCUGCAUACAGCACUGCGGUCUGUGGCCGGCCGCCGCGCCGGUGGUCUGUAAGCCGUGUAAGGGCCCAUGGCUGCGAUGCGACAGUGUGUGCGCACCCGCGGUGUAUGUGUGUGCCGCCCCUCCACUCGGCCACCGGGGCGCCGGGCACGCUGGACCCACCUCCACCCAUGCUCAGGAGGUGGGAUGCACUGAUGCAGGACGAGCGAGCGAGGCGCUGCCGCCGCUGCUGGUUGGACGAGGCUGUCGCGGCGCGACGAGCGCGUGUUUAGCAGGGACACGAUAACCGCGCAAACAUGAUGAGUUGGGAGCGAGACGAUUCAGCGCAAACAUGAUUCAACGGUCUAGUUAUAAAACCAGCCAGCCCCGUACUUCGGACGUGCGGGUGCAUGUAACCCUCGCCUGCC